AUGGCCGACUCCUUCACUCUGCCUUUGCGCCCUAUCCCCGAGAAGCGUGAGCGUCCAGAUACCUUGCCUGUGGAGAUCGCGCAAAUCAACAAUCAGUGGGGCUCCUUUCGCGAGGUGAAUGAAGAUGUUCUCCGAAACAGGAUUGCCGAGGAGGAAGAAAAAGAUGGCUUGGACGGGGUAGACGAGAGUGACCAAGAUGCGACCGAUCUUGACUCUACAGAGCGCUUGGAGCAACUGUACAAGCGGCGUGCCGAGAUCACUCAGUUCGCCAUGCAAGCUCACAUGGAAACCAUGUUCGCCCUCGACUUCGUCUCCCUUUUGCUAUCCAAGCAGGCCCCGCGUCAGGCCGAAACCUCCAUGUCGGCCUUCCUCAAGCAAGUCGCACCUCUUGGUUCCCUCAAUGCCGAGGUCGUGAACCCUCCCCCGAAGCCGGAAUCUACAAUCAAAGAUAUAUCAGCGGUAUCAAGGGGAUGGCGGAUCCAAAAUUUCAACGCGGCGGCAAACAAGCUUCUGCAGGCCGCCUCUAGACUUGAAACUGAAGUCGCGUCGGAGACUCGAUAUUGGAAUGAGGUGCUGGCUGUCAAGGACAAGGGGUGGAAAAUUUCUCGUCUCCCGCGUGAAAGGCAAUCGCUAGGCGUGCAAUAUGGGUUCCUCGAAGCCACACCGGUGUUCCGCGACCGCGGCCUUGCUUCCUUACGUCGAGCCGAGGAUGGGGCUUUGUUAUUAGAUGAAGGACUGAUCCCAUCCAAAGCCCGUUUUGUCCGGGUGCGGGUGAUACAGGAUGGCAAGCUUUCGGGAAGAUCUAGACCGACGCGUUCUACCUUCAACGGCAACGCAACGAUUGAGGAUCGCAUUCUGCAAGCGCGUGAUACUGUUUACGAAGAGGAGCUGUUUCAUGAGCUAGUCCGAGAGGCUCGAGCGAUCGCUAGCUUUGGCGUGACGACACGCCAGAAUCUCAUUCAAAUUCCUGCUUCCGAUAACCUCGAAAUUUUACUGGACUUGGUUGAUACUGAUGAAGAUACCUCGCAACCCGAACAUGAUAUCUCACAGCAAGGAACUUCGCUUGCAGAUGGUUUGGCACAUACCAUUCGGAUAUUAUUGGCAUAUGCCCACCGUCAAAACUUGCGUCGUCGGACUAUGCUUCCGCUUCCCCUAACCCCGAAAACGCGACCUGUUCCUGAACAUCAACUUAUUCGCCCGGCUCUAGCUUACAUCAAGCAUAUGUCUGAUGUACGCUGGCUCCAGUCAUUACUCAAGGAUCUCUUCGGUGUUUUGCAAUCAGCAGGGUUGAAACCUCCAGCAUAUACCGCAAGAGUCUUUUCAACAAAGAGGCAGAAACAAACCUCUAGUGCUCCAGUAGUGGAGACCCUCAUUGGACAGUUCCUUACUCCCUUGCUGUCUACCUUCCAUGGGAAGCUUUUGACCCCUCGGGGUUCUUUCUCAAUCGCAAUUCACACCAACCUUUCCUCAACCCCCUUCGGCACCACCUUUGAUGUGUCAUUCAAUAUGCCCAAGUACCCGGACCUUGAGUCUCCUGGUAAACUUUCUCAGAGGGAAGAAGUGGAAGCCGCCAUCAACCACCUCUUGUUGCUGGAUGUUGUUUUUACUAUCUCAUCCAAUAGUGGUUCAUUAAAGUCUGAAAGUGACAAGGACCAAGCGAAAGGCAGCUGGGAAGCGAUUUACCCUCAACAUGGUGAACUUCUGAUCCCUAGCUCCAAAUCAGAAAGCCGAAAAAAGAUGAAGAUUGCUUUGUCCCGUCAUGAACUGUCUGUCGAGAUCUACUCCGUGCGCUGUAUCGACGGGACCGGUCGUGGGAAUUGGGAAAAACCCUCUUCCCACUCAAUGCCACAUAUUUGGAAACCAUCUCCUAUUGCUGGCUCACCCAACCAACCCUCUUUAAUGGAUUUUGUGUCCGCCGCUGUGUCACGGUAG